AUGUAUUGCAUAAAGGCUCUAGCUUCCCCUUCUUACUUCUUGUGGCGUUCCACUUUUGCUCGUAAUAUCGUGCUUCAUUCUGGCAAAAGACAGCCCGGUGCCCUUAGAGAUCCCAAUGAUUAUCUAAUUUCCCCCAGUGGCAUCAAAUACUCGCCAAUAAAGGAAGUUUCUAAAGUUCCUGAAGCUUCUGAAGCUUCUGAAUCUCAUGAAUAUUCUGGGUCUCCCGAAGAAAUUCAAGAAUCCUUGAAGCCUAUAAAGUCCUAUUUUCAUUCGAUUGACCCCGAUUUAAUCGACAAAAACCAGAUUUCUGACAAGCUUUUACUCCAGAUUUUAACCCAUAAAUCCUUCUCUCAUGGCCAUUUUCCUUACAGUGAAAAAUUAUCUGUUAUAGGUUUCAAGUUCUUAAAAAAAACAUAUUUUAUUAACACAAUACACCAAAGUCUACAAAAACCAAUUGAUCAAGAAUAUUUUACCAAUUCGAAAUUUAAAAGUUUCCACAAUUAUAAAAACUAUAAUUUCUUAAUAAAUGAGUUUAAUUUUGCUGAUUUAUUUCGUAAAGACAAGAUCAAUUUCUUAUCAGUUUCGAAUUUGGCAAAAAUUUCAAGAUCAAAACAAUUUUCCAAAAUUUUGUUCUGGAAACCAACUUCUAAAAGGGCAAUAAAUAAAGAUAACGACACAAUCUAUGCUGAAGUUCUCAAGGCCUUAAUUGGUGCUUUAUUGUUAUCAAAAGGUGCUGUUUAUACUCAAUAUUUUAUAGAAAAAAAUCUUAUAAAUCCACUGGGUAAAAAAAAUUAA